AUGGAGGAACUUCCAGAACGCAGCACCACUAUACCAAUACCCAGGCCAGCCGCAACGACGACCAUCGCCACCAACAUGAACAUUUCGGAACUACUCCAAAACGACUCCAAGGUGAAAGUGGCCGGCAUCGACAGCGACGGCGUAUUGCGCGGCAAGCUCAUGUCCAAGGACAAGUUCCUGGCCAGCCUCGGCCACGGCUUUGGUAUGAGCUCGGCCAUCUUCGGCUGGGACAUGCACGACGUGCUGUACACGAGCACCGCCACAGCCACCGCCACCUCUGAUCCAAAUCCUACUCCGGCCGAGAUAGGCUAUGCAGAUUUCAUCGCCGUCGUCGACCUCGGCUCGUUCAGGCGCAUUCCGUGGGAGGACGAUAUUCCCUUUUUCCUGCUCCGCUUCAACUCGGCCUCUGGCGUGCCUGUCCACGCUGAUGGGCGCGGCAUGCUGCGCUCCAUCAAUGACAAACUCCAGAAACUCGGGUACUCUGCGAGAGCGGGAGUGGAACUCGAGUUUAUGAACUUCCAGACCCCGGCCGAGGAUGGCUACGGUCAAGGGCAAAGGCGGGAUCUUGCUGCGUUCUUGGACAGAAAUACCCCGGGCGCCCUUCGACCUCUGACCCAAGGCAUGUUCGGAUACAGUCUCACCAGACAAGCGGCGAAUAAGGGCUACUUUCACGAUAUCUUCGAUCAAGCUUCCCGGUUCAAGUGUAAUGUGGAGGGGUGGCAUACGGAGAGCGGGCCGGGGGUGUUUGAGGCUGCAUUGGCCGUGACAGAUACACAGGAGAUGGCGGAUCGGGUGACAUUGUUCAAGUAUCUCACCAAGUCCAUCGGGGUCGACUACGACAUCACACCGUGUUUCAUGGCCAAGCCGACGACUGGCCUACCAGGCAACUCGGGCCACAUCCACAUUUCACUGUGCGACGCGGCGACGGGAAGCAACCUGUUCGCGCGAGGGUCGGCCGACCCAGACGCGCCGUGGAGCGACGUCGAGCACGUCUCCGACCUGGGCCGGCACUUCCUGGCCGGGGUGCUGGAGGCGCUUCCAGACAUGAUGCCGAUGCUGGCGCCGACGGUCAACUCGUACAAGCGCCUGGUCGAGAACUACUGGGCGCCGGUCGACAUCAGCUGGGGGCUGGAGGACCGCCGGUCGUCGAUCCGGCUGAUCGCGCCGCCCGUGUCCAGCCCGCAGGCCACCCGGCUCGAGUGCCGCAUCCCCGGCGCCGACCUGCACCCGCACUACGCCCUGACGGCCAUCGUGGCCGCCGGCCUGCGAGGGAUCCGGAAGAAACUCGCCAUCCCCGUCCCGCCCACCGCCGUGCGCACCGACACGCCCGAACGCUUGCCCGACAGCCUUGCGGCCGCCAAUGCCAGAUUCCGCGCCCCCGCCAGCGUGGCCCGCGACUUGUUCCCUCCUGACUUUGUCGACUUUUUCGCCGCCUCCAGAGACCAUGAGAUUCGAGUGUUCAGAGAAUCGGUCACGGACUGGGAGUUUCGCCGCUACAUCGAGACUGUUUGA